CCCGACAUCUCAUCUCCAUCACCACCAAUUCCACCGACGCCGUUGCGAAUCCCUUCACCCUCUCCCGCCCACACAACCAGACGCGACCGCAACCAUGUCUAACCAAAGCGUACAGUGCUUCGGCAAGAAGAAGACGGCCACCGCCGUCGCCCACUGCAAGACCGGCUCCGGCCUCAUCAAGGUCAACGGGCGCCCGCUAUCCCUAGUCCAACCGGAGGUGCUGCGCUUCAAGGUUUACGAACCGCUCCUGAUCAUCGGGCUAGACAAGUUCGCGGAGGUGGACAUCCGCGUGCGGGUGACGGGCGGCGGCCACACGUCGCAGGUCUACGCGGUGCGCCAGGCCAUCGCCAAGUCGCUGAUCGCGUACUACCAGAAGUACGUCGACGAGCACAGCAAGAACUCGCUGAAGCAGGCCCUCGUCCAGUACGACCGCACCCUCCUCGUCGCCGACAACCGCCGCUGCGAGCCCAAGAAGUUCGGCGGUCCCGGCGCCCGCUCCCGGUUCCAGAAGUCUUACCGUUAAAAAAAAAAAAGGAAAAAAAAGGGCGUGGCGCACCAGCCGGCUGGCUCUCGGUGGGAAGAGUUUCGGCUGGAAGACUCUCGGUACGUUGGAUGGUGGGGGGAAAGGGAGAGAGGCAAGGCAAGGCAGGAGGAGCCAACGCCUGUUGUUGCGGUUGUUGGCUGGGGAUAUUGGACGAUACCAUACGAUACGCGGGGGCGCAGCCGACCAGCCAAAUACGGCUCACCCUUUUGCCUGGUCUUCCCCGGUUAUCAUUACCUCCCCUCCUCUCUCCCCUUUCCCCCGCCUCUUUUAGCAGCUGGGACAGGUACGGCUACGGCGGGCGGGCUGGUCGUACCUCGCGGACUGGCGUCACAAGACAAAUGAGAAAACACGGAUUUUUUUUUAAUCAAAGCAAGGGCCAAUCUGUUCUGGAACCACCUCUCUCAGAUGGGGCUCUCUUCUACGACCAUCAUCAUCAAACUAUCCGCCUAUGAAACUGCAUUUGCAUGGCGGGCUCUCGCUCCCGCCGGGUUGUAAGAGGGAUUAGGCGAAUGAGGCGACCGAGUUUUACUGACACACAAGAGAACAAGAAAUAAGCAAAAAGCCCA